CCCAGUCUGAGCUCGUUUUUUUCGAGGUCCCAGUUGUUUUGAAUUCGGAAGUCAGAGGUUUCCGAGUUCCCAGUUGUGUUGAACGCGGCAUUAGCUACAACAACAUCUCACAUAUGCUAUGGUUGGUGUGCAGUGAUGGCUUUUAUAAAGAGGAAAGAACGAACGAAAGAAAGGUUUUCUCUCCUGUUGCUGGACCUGGAAGAGUAUUACUUUGAACAGCACACAGUGUAUCAUGUGACAACCAGUUCAGCCAAAAAAAGAAGGAUCAGAGGGUCACUCAAAGUAUGCUCCAAAUCCAUCAUAUUUGAACCUGAGGACCAUGUGGAGCCCAUUUUAAAGAUUCCUCUCAGAGAUUGCAAAAAGAUUGAAGCGGUUGAAGAAAAGGACCAGAAUCCUUUCAAUGAGAGCAAACCAGCUGGCCUCACCAUUUUAUGCAAACAGGUUUACCUCAUCAAAGAGAACAAUGUCGUUGCACCUUACAGAGUUGAAAGGGGAGACAGUACCUUUCUCUUCCAUCUGGAAGUUUCCAGUAAAACGGAGGAUGUUGUCCAAACAUUACUUCAGCUGCAUAGGGCCUCUUGUCUGGACAAGCUUGGAGACCAGACUGCAAUGAUUGCUGCUAAUUUACAAUCCAGAUUGGCAAGAACUUCAUUUGACAAGAACAGCUUUCAGAAUGUUUCAGAAAUUCCACACAUGGAAUGCGAGGCGGAGAUGGUCACUCCAUUGGUUACAAACCCUGGUCACGUGUGUAUAACUGACCAAAGCCUCUACUUCCAACCACUCAAUGGCUAUCCUGAACAGGUAGUCCGAAUCGAGCUCCAUCGAGUGAAACAAAUCUAUAAGAGAAGGCAUGGACUCAGGCCAUUGGGGCUGGAGGUGUUCUGUACCGAAAACGACUUCUGCUCGGACAUCUAUCUGAAGUUUUACAAGACCAGCGACAGAAAUGACCUCUACUACUACAUCGCCACGUUUCUGGAGAACCACAUGGUGGAACACACAGCGGAGAGUUACAUGCUGCAGUGGCAGCGAGGUCACCUCAGUAACUACCAGUACCUUCUGCACCUCAACAACCUGGCUGACCGCAGCGGCAAUGAUCUGUCUCAGUACCCCGUUUUCCCCUGGAUCAUCGCUGACUACAACAGCACAGAGCUUGAUAUGAUGAACCCCGCAACUUUCCGUGACCUGAGCAAGCCUGUUGGAGCGCUGAAUAAAGAGAGACUAGAGAGAUUGUUGUCCCGGUACAGAGACAUGCCUGAUCCUCGUUUCAUGUACGGCAGUCAUUACUCCUCUCCAGGCUAUGUGCUUUUCUACUUAGUCAGAGUUGCCCCAGAACACAUGCUGUGUCUUCAAAAUGGCCGCUAUGACAAUGCAGACCGCAUGUUCAAUAGCAUUGGAGAAACGUGGAAAAAUUGCUUAGAGGGUGCAACUGACUUCAAAGAGUUAAUCCCAGACUUCUAUGGGAAUGACCCCAGCUUUCUGCUAAACUGCCUUAGUCUGGAUUUGGGGAAGAGGCAAGGUGGAAGCUCGGUUCAAGAUGUAGUUCUUCCGCCAUGGGCUGCAGAUGCCAGUGAUUUUCUUCAGAAGAGUCAGAAAGCGCUGGAGAGUCAGUACGUGUCAGAACACCUGCACGAGUGGAUCGACCUGGUGUUUGGCUUCAAGCAAAAAGGAAGUGAAGCCGUGGCAGCCCAUAAUGUGUUCCAUCCGUUGACAUAUGAGGGUGGCAUCGACUGUGAUAGUAUAGAGGACCCCAAUGAGAAGAUUGCCAUGUUGAUUCAGAUCCUGGAGUUUGGGCAAACCCCGACGCAACUGUUCACCACCCCACACCCACAGAGGAUAACACCCAGAUUCCAGAGCAUAUCGCGAACACCCAGUGUAAACACACCCCUCAACGAGCUUUCUCCAGCAUCCACCAGUGAGGACUCCUCCUUUGAAGACCUAACCGAAGAGACUAGGAGACUGGCUUGGAACAACAUAGCUAAACUCAAAUUGAUGUCCACCCACAAAAUCCAUAAAGAGGCUGUGACGGGCAUCGCAGUGACUCGGACCGCGUCGUCUGUCUUCACAACAUCACACGACUCAACACUGAAGAUGUUCUCCAGAGAGUCUAAUGGAUUGCAGAGAAGCAUGUCCUUCUCCAACAUGGCGUUAUCAUCGUGCUUGAUGCUACCAGAGGAUAAGGCCGUAGUCUGCUCCUCGUGGGACAAUAAUGUGUAUUUCUACUCGAUACCAUUUGGCAGGCGUCAGGACACGUUGAUGGGCCAUGAUGAUGCCAUCAGUAAGAUGUGCUGGAAGGACAACCAGCUUUACACUGCAUCCUGGGACUCGACAGUCAAGGUUUGGCAAUGUGACUCUGCCGAUAUCGCGAAUAAUAAGAGAUGCCAAUUCCAGUUGCUGGCAGAGUUUGAACACGAAGCGGGGGUGAACACUAUUAACCUAAACCCAGCAGGUACUUUGUUGGUGUCGGGGACUAAGGAUGGAACCGUCACCAUUUGGGAUACCAGUAGCUCAGUACAACUCCAUCAAGUCCACUGCCAUUCAGGAAAGAUCCACGAUGUGGCCUUUAGUCCUGACAGCAGACACGUCUUGAGUGUAGGAGAGGACUCGUGUCUGAAGGUAAUCGACGUCCAGACGGGCAUGAUGAUCUCGUCUGUGCAAGCUGAUGAGGAGCAGCGGUGUUUCUGCUGGGACGGGAACACGGUCCUGUCGGGCGGUCAGUCCGGACACCUCCAGGUCCUGGACCUGCUAAGCAAUAAAGUGACCACCAGGAUCCCUGGACAUUCAGGUGCAGUCACAGCGAUGUGGAUGAACGAGCAGUGUAGCACGGUGAUCACAGGUGGCGAAGACAAGCAGAUCAUCUUCUGGAAACUUGACUGUUGACCACGGUGCUAGAUAGUCCCUCUGUACGUGUAUGUACAGAGGUUAAGUCCAAGGGGGACACUCACAAUGAGACAUCUUUUAUACUCUGGCUCCAACCAAAGAGACUAUCAUCGUCGGUCAAGGUAACUACAUAGGCUGGCUGGCCUGCUGGCUGGCUCACCCAGAGAUGGUAACGCAUUAUCAUUGCACAUAUGACUUUACAAAUGUACUGGUCCAGUUAGCAGGGACAACAAUCAUACUCCUGUCUGGAGUUCUCAAACAAAAUCUAAUUAUGAACAAUAUAACCAUCCUCAACCAUGUUAGCGUAACAUAUUGGCCAUCCUCAACCAUGUUAGCGUAACAACUUGGCCAUCCUCAAUCAUGUUGGACUAACAUUGGCCAUCCUCAAUCAUGUUGGCGUAACAUAUUGGGCAUCCUCAACCAUGUUGGCGUAACAUAUUGGGCAUCCUCAACCAUGUUGGCGUAACAUAUUGGGCAUCCUCAAUCAUGUUGGCGUAACAUAUUGGCCAUCCUCAACCAUGUUGGCGUAACAUAUUGGCCAUCCUCAACCAUGUUGGCGUAACAUAUUGGCCAUCCUCAACCAUGUUGGCGUAACAUAUUGGCCAUCCUCAACCAUGUUGGCGUAACAUAUUGGCCAUCCUCAACCAUGUUGGCGUAACAUAUUGGCCAUCCUCAACCAUGUUGGCGUAACAUAUUGGCCAUCCUCAACCAUGUUGGCGUAACAUAUUGGCCAUCCUCAACCAUGUUGGCGUAACAUAUUGGCCAUCCUCAACCAUGUUGGCGUAACAUAUUGGCCAUCCUCAAUCAUGUUGGCGUAACAUAUUGGCCAUCCUCAAUCAUGUUGGCGUAACAUAUUGGCCAUCCUCAACCAUGUUGGCGUAACAUAUUGGCCAUCCUCAACCAUGUUGGCGUAACAUAUUGGCCAUCCUCAACCAUGUUGGCGUAACAUAUUGGCCAUCCUCAACCAUGUUGGCGUAACAUAUUGGCCAUCCUCAACCAUGUUGGCGUAACAUAUUGGCCAUCCUCAACCAUGUUAGCGUAACAUAUUGGCCAUCCUCAACCAUGUUAGCGUAACAUAUUGGCCAUCCUCAACCAUGUUAGCGUAACAUAUUGGCCAUCCUCAACCAUGUUAGCGUAACAUAUUGGCCAUCCUCAACCAUGUUAGCGUAACAUAUUGGCCAUCCUCAACCAUGUUAGCGUAACAUAUUGGCCAUCCUCAACCAUGUUAGCGUAACAUAUUGGCCAUCCUCAACCAUGUUAGCGUAACAUAUUGGCCAUCCUCAACCAUGUUGGACUAACAUUGGCCAUCCUCAAUCAUGUUGGCGUAACAUAUUGGGCAUCCUCAACCAUGUUGGCGUAACAUAUUGGGCAUCCUCAACCAUGUUGGCGUAACAUAUUGGCCAUCCUCAACCAUGUUGGCGUAACAUAUUGGCCAUCCUCAACCAUGUUGGCGUAACAUAUUGGCCAUCCUCAACCGUGUUGGCGUAACAUAUUGGCCAUCCUCAACCGUGUUGGCGUACCAUAUUGGCCAUCCUCAACCGUGUUAGCGUAACAUAUUGGCCAUCCUCAACCGUGUUAGCGUAACAUUGGCCAUCCUCAAUCAUGUUAGCCAAAAGAAAUGUCAAUUUGAACCUAGUGAGGGUGGUAUGGCGAUGAUUAGAUUCUGCACAUGCCCUCUUGCAGCAUUCCCUUGCUAAUUUUGCACUUCAAUGCUUUUGCCAGACUUACUGUACAGCAUGUUUUGCUUGUCUGUCUAUUGUUUAAGCGUUCAUUCAGUUGUCAUAGUGCCUUAGUGACUGACCAUUUAAUCAUGAUGUAAUUGACCCAAAACAAAACAAACUGUAUAGCAAGCAGUGUUUCAGAAAUACCUGCAGUAGAGAUUAUCAUGACAAUAAAUAAAUGUACAAUGUAACACACUUUGAGCAGCUGGAAAAGCUCUAUAUAAAUCCACUCCAUUCAUAGUAUUAUUAAAUACACACAUGCUACAUAAAGAUAUAUUCAUUCGAUUUAUUUUCACCCACAAUUUUCAUUUGAGAGCAGCAGUAAUUCAUUGCUAAUGCAUGGGAAAUGUCCAAGAGUUAUUGUAGAUUUAAAAUUAAAAAUAAAUAAAAAAGGAAUAUAUUAAUGCACCUAACUGUUGAACUUACACUGAGGCAUAAUUCAAAAUAAUGUUUAUAAGCGCUUUGGCCCAACUGUAUUUGGGGAACUGCUUUACUGUGACUGAGUAGACUCAGGAACUUUCACCCAUGCAAAGAGUGCAUUUCUUUCAAGUUUGUCAACCUUGUUAUAGCAAGAUAAAUAUGUGUGUUACUGAAGCGUUGUGCUAUGGCAUAGACUGCCAAUGCACUGUGUAACUAAUCAUAUACCACCCUGUACAUCCAUUUUAAUAGAGAUGACCCAUCUUGUUUUAUUACUUUAAAUUUUAUUUACAUUAUGUGGAGCUUAAACCUGUAUUAACAAGGUAGUUACAUAGCCAAGUACUGUAGAAUGUAAUUGCAGUAUUGGAACAUAGUUUUAAGUACUAUGAUACAUGUUUUCCAUUUGUGUAAAAUUACACAUUUAGACUUUUUUUAUACAUCGGAUUUGUGAGGGGGAAACCUCCAAUUUAGAUGUAGUUUAACCUCCCCUUUUCCUAUUGCUUUCGAUUGCACAGUUGUCUCCACUGUGAUCAGUUUAUUUGCGAGUCCUUGUAAUCCUUAGACAGGUGUAACAGUUGUAAGUAAUAUGUAACAAAAUGUACUCAGAAUCUAGUACCACUACUAGCGCUGUAAGUAAAAGCUGCCAGCAGCAUUUGGCCUAAUGGGAAGUAGCUAAAAACGAAGCAGUGCCCUCCUAGUGACGUAAGUGAAUGUAUUUGAGUGAGGUUGCUGAGACAAACUAUGCUGUAAAUGGGGAUGUCUACUAUCUUUCAUGCCUCGGGGCUAACAGUGUUAUGUUGCUGCAGUAUUUCCUCCCAGCUUUUGUGUUCUGUACAGAUCCUGCUCAAUAAAAUAUUGCACAUCUGUGAAUAUAAGUUAA